UGUUGAUGUAUGGGAGCAGGGGAUAAAAGAUGGAGCACUAAUUACUGACUCUUUUAUUCAAGACAAUUGGAUUCGAUUUAUACUUAAUAUAGCGCACAGGGAAUGUCAUCAUUAGUGUAUAACUUGUCAUGCACCAUUGUGUACCACUUUAGCGCUCUCUUUCCGAACAUAUAAUCUCAGCGUAUAGCCGGAAUCAACUUCAAGUUAUGGCUGUCUCACCUUUGCCUCCCCAGCCAUCACCAGCCGCAACUUCAGCCUUGGACAUUGCAGUUAAACCACGAUGUGCAGCUACUCAGAGCUCGAUCAACCUCCAAGACAACGCACCUUCACCUCUUAUCACGCACAGCACGGAUCGUGAACUAACCGAACAAUUAAACGAUGAUGUGCGGCAUAAGUAUAUCAAAGACAAGAAACUGGGAGAAGGAACCUACGCUGUCGUUUAUCUUGGUCAUCUUCGAACUGAUCCUUCGUCCUUUGUGGCAAUCAAGAAGAUCAAAGUCAAUGCUGAAUACAGAGACGGGCUUUCGAUGGACGCAAUUCGAGAAGUCAAAUACUUACAAGAAUUGUCACAUCCGAACAUCAUAGCGCUCCAUGAUGUCUUUUCCUCUAAGGACCAAAAUCUUAACUUGGUUUUGGAGUAUCUACCGCGUGGCGACCUUGAGAUGCUCAUUAAAGAUGGGAAUGUUCACUACGGUGCAGCUGAUGUUAAGGCAUGGAUGGGGAUGCUUGCUAGAGGCGUCUGGUUCUGCCACGAAAAUUAUAUUCUUCAUCGAGAUAUAAAGCCAAACAAUCUUCUUAUUGCUACCGAUGGGGAAGUGAAACUAGCAGAUUUUGGUCUAGCUAGAUCAUUCGCUGACCCUUAUUUGAACAUGACACACCAGGUUAUCACCCGCUGGUAUCGACCACCCGAAUUACUUUAUGGGGCACGACAGUACUCGGGAGCUGUGGAUAUUUGGUCCAUGGGCAUGGUUUUUGCGGAGCUGCUUUUGCGAGUGCCAUUUGUCGCAGGGAGCUCUGAUCUUGAUCAGAUCUCCAAGGUCUGUGAAGCAUUUGGCACGCCCACUGAAGACAAUUGGCCAGGAGUCUCUAGGUUGCCGAAUUAUAUUCCCGCUGAUAAGAACCAUAUCAUUCCAAUACAGGGUCGAGAAUUCUUUUUAAGGCAGUUUCCGACUGCUGGUCUUGUCGGCGCGGAUUUGCUUAUGUCGAUGUGUACGUUGGAUCCGAGAAAACGGAGUACGGCAUGUCAAGUUUUACAACACAACUGGUGGUUUACUGAGCCUAAACCGACAGAGAAGGAGAAUCUUCCCAGAAAAUUGGAUGGGGUCCAAAAAAUGGGUAAUGACUUGACGAGAAGGGGCGGAGAUAUUGACGAUAAUACCUUUAAGAACGCUGCCCGACAAUUGGAUUUUAACACGAGGCAGUAACAUGCUUUGUUCAUGACUAGCGACAAGCGCUCGUCAACGGACCCAACGCGAAACAGACGUCUCGGUCAUUCUAAAGAUACACCAAGUGAUAUACAAAUGCUGCUCUAUUAGGGUAGGUAGCUGCACAAACCGUUAGCCUAGAGUAUGCCUGGUAUGUAAUAUAGCGAUGCUUAGGCUAUCUAAGUGUUUUAAGUCUGCAUCUGCCUUCUGUUACGCGUCGCAAUGUGUCCCCCUAUUUUUUUUAGUUUAGGGUUUUUUUCGUCUAACAGUUCACUUUCACCGAAUAAUUGAAGUUAUUCUGUGGCCAUCCUUGGUGAUUUGCUCCUAUAUUACACUGUAUAAUAAUGGGGUAAAGGACGCAGCUUCAG